AUUCGCUCCCGUGCAGGCGAUUCACGUCAAGUGGUCGCCGUCACUGGGGAUGGAACCAAUGAUGGGCCGGCACUGAAACGCGCUGAUGUCGGAUUUGCCAUGGGUAUCGCAGGCACGGAUGUAGCGAAAGAAGCGUCGGACAUUAUUCUGACAGAUGACAAUUUCUCCAGUAUUGUGAAGGCUGUAAUGUGGGGCAGAAACGUGUACGACUCUAUCACCAAAUUCCUACAGUUCCAACUGACGGUGAACGUGGUCGCCAUUAUCGUCGCAUUCGCUGGCGCCUGCUUCCUUGAUGACAGUCCACUGAAAGCCAUUCAAAUGUUGUGGGUCAAUUUGAUUAUGGACACUCUGGCCAGCUUGGCUCUUGCUACUGAGCAGCCUUCACCGGAACUGCUCGAGCGGGCUCCAUACGGUCGAACACAGCCACUGAUCAGUCAACAGAUGGCGAAAAACAUCCUCGGUCAUUCGUUUUAUCAGCUGAGUGUGAUCUUUUUCCUGCUUACCGGAGGUAUGUCUAUUCCUUUGUAUGUGAGUAUGAUUUGUUUCACGUUUUGUGUUUUUAGCGUUUGUUUGUACGGAUGUGAUGCUUUUGCUUUCCUUCCCGCUCUGUCUCUCUCUGCAAAUUCUUCAGACGUUCAUCUUCUUUUUUUCGAUUGA